CACACACAAACACGAGCAGCCGGUCCAGCGGAAAAAUUUCUAGAACGUCAAACUCGAACUUCAUGAAAGCGUCUAUUGAAAAAGAGCCCAUUUAACAGACAAAUAUUGUAUUUAGUGCCGUUGUGCCCACAAGAGCAUAAGUAAUUCCAGUUCAGAACCUUCCAGAAAUAGAAACCAAACGCAUUUGCCAAGGAAACGUGGCCCGAAACUGAGCAACCCUAAACAAAUAAAAACAAACAAAAACAAAAACAAAGCCCGCCGAAGUGAUAAGAAAAUUGUUAUUUGUGCAGUAAAAGUGCAAAGAAGAGGAGACCCGAAGAGAUCCCUCCGUGAGUGAAGUGUGCCUGUGAGAAAGCUAUGUCCGCAUCCGCUGCCCGAUCGCGUAAUAAACAAUCCAAACUUCGUGACGAUGAGCAGCUCGACAUAAGCAAGGACGAGUUCAACCGCAUCCAGGAGGCCUUUGGCCAAGAGGAGUUCCGUAAGCUGUUCUUCGACUACGUGGAGGAGAUCCAGGACCCUGAGAAUCGCAAGAUCUACGAGGAGGAGAUCACCCAGCUGGAAAAGGAGCGUGGCGUGGAGGUGAGGUUCAUCCACCCGAAGCCGGGAUUCGUGAUCAAGACCGCCUUAGAUGGCGAGCUCAAGUGCUUCAUCAACAUCGCUGGCUCUGAGGAGAUCGAGAGGCCCAAGAACGAGGUGGCCACGGAUCCAUCGAGUGGCAGCCGUGGCCUAAGCUGGUCCAUUCCGAUGGCCCAGACCUCGUCACGGGAUGACUGCGACGCGAAAAACAACCACUGCAAGGUGUUCGACGUGGUCUUCCAUCCCGACGCCCUUCACCUGGCCAAGCGGAACAAGCAGUUCCGGCAAUGCCUCAUCGAUACUGCACUGGACGCAGUCGAGCGCGAGUACAAGGUCUCCCUGGAUCGCGCCAACCUUAAAUUCCCCAAGCUGGACUACAAGGGUAUUCCCCGUCCCACUGUGAUACGCAAGCUGGCCGACAAUCCCACGGCCGAAGAGCAGGAGCCACAUCCUCUGGCGCACAUGUUCCCCACAAAGCCACCCGCUCCCGGGAAACCGGAGCCCCGCGUCCUGCCCAUGAAAACAAAGCCCACUCCGGUGCCAGAGUUCACGGUGCCCAGAUAUUCAAUCAAGCACAGCCACGACGUUGACUUGUCCGAGUACACGGACGAGCUGGAUGCCAAGCUGCAUGUGACCGUUCCUCGCUCCCUCGUCGUGGAGAUCGAGCUUCCUCUGCUUCGUUCGACAGCCGAGUGCCAGCUGGACGUCACCUCUAAGUCCGUAUACCUGUUCAGCGAACGGCAGGGAGCAAAGUACCGCCUGAAGCUGGACCUGCCCUUCUCUGUGGACGACAAGGCGGGCCAAGCCCGCUUCGACACGGACCUGCGUCGUUUGAGCAUCACGUUACCUGUGGUCCGGAAAAGCACCAAGGAGGAAGCCCAGAUGCACGACACCUUGCGCCACUUCAGCCGCGAGGACAGCGGCGUGGAGCUGCACUCCAACAGCGAAUCGCCCGUGGAGGAGGAUCCUGAUGGAGAACUCAGCGAUUCCAAGGCGGAUAUCUCUGAAAUUUCCUCGCCCACUACUGCGGCUGUGCGCCUCGCUAACAGUCCGUUCCUGAAGAACUCCGUGCACUACCAACUGCCAAGCAAGUUUGAUUGCAACGUGCUGGACAAUGUGAUGGCAUUCGUGCUGCACGUGCCCAACGUUCAACCGGACUCCAUUGAGCAGUUGAGAGAGCAGCGAAGCCUGCACCUACAGUUCGCUACCAUCGGCAGUGGCUACUAUCCCACCCACUACGCUUUUUACGUAGAACUGCCGGCGGAGCAUGAGGUUUCCGCCAUCGAGAGCGUGGAGGCGGAGGCCUGGGACAACAAUGUAGUGCUCAAGCUGUGUCUGAGCUCGCAGAGCGAGACUCCGGCUAGCUAUCUGGCCGGUCUGGAUGCCACGGAGCUCAAAGAGUACCCAGUCCAUGGGCAGUACAAUGUAAAAAGCAGCGGAAAAGCAAACGCAAAGGAGAAUGCUCCUCUCGAUGUUAAAUUCGUGCACAACCAGGAGGGCCAGGCCCUUAAGGUUACCAUUCGCCCCGGCACAAAGGAGGAGGAAGAGAAGGGGGACCAGGAUCAAGAGCCCGAAAGCGAUAAGCAGCACCAGCAACAGUCGCAGAACAAGAAGGCCGGUAAAAAGCAACGGAAGAGGAACAAGAAGGAGCGCUCCCUAUCAGAAUCUGCCUGCGCAGAUAUGAUCUUCCAGGAGCCACUGGCUAAAAAUCCUGAGCUUCAGCCGAAGACUAUGUUUAAGUUUCCGUCGCAGCGUAAGCAACGCAGCUACUCGGAGUGUAACGAUAGCACCGGUGGCUCCCAUCGCGGCAUCCUUAAGCGAUUCAGCCGCUAUGGACCACGACCCUCGAUGUCGGACAGCUGCUCCUCCAUUGACGACUGCUCCUCGUACUCGUGUUCCGUGGACGCAUCCGGAACCUCGCUGUUUUCUCAUUCAUUCGGCGGCAUUCCCGAGGAGGACCGUUCGGAUGCCGGGCUCUCGGAGAGCUGCAAGAAGACUGUUAGGUUUAAUGAUCACAUCAUGAAACAAGUGUUCCGACUCGACUCCAGCAUCCUGGGUCAACGCAAGAAGAACCAGAAGCGACGCGAUCUCAAGCUGCGGGCUCAGCAGCGUCGCCUCAGCGAAGGGGAUUCCGUCGACUACGAAGAGACACGGGGCUCUGCCCUCAAGCAACAAGAAAAUCAAUCAAGAAACUGUAACAAGCCAAAUGGCGGGUCCGUGCUCCACGACAGCGGACUGGAUCUCACUGGAGCACCAGGUGCCCACAACAACCACAAUGAAUCGGAAGCUAAGAACGCCCUGAUGUUUGAAAUGGAUGAUUAAGAUGUUAUUUAAACCAUAAAUAUAUUCAUAUUUUUUGAGUGAUUUAGAUGCAUGUU